CGAUUCAUCAGAUAAUGCAUUGUUUGUGUGUAUAUCAGUACAUUUGUAACAGCCUAAACAUAACGAGACUUAUAUUCGAUCAAAUAAGCCUCACGUAAUUCGACACUCUAUCAUAGACCUCCGUACAAAAAAGGGUUUAUCUCAUUCGGACAGAUUUUGGGCGGAGUACAAUCCUCUCGCUUCGCCUCUUACUCUCUUGCAUCGAUUGAAGAAAAACGAGGCCAAAUCAGGUAUUGCAGUCAAAGCUCUCCAAACUACAAAUCCCGUGAGCGACCUGCAACGGCAAAAGCUUAUCGAUGGCUUUUCAUAAUCAUCAGCGCUUGGAACGUCAAUGAUACAAUGUUGAAAAUGUUUCUUCCUCUGCAAAGAUAAUAACAACCGUUCCAAAUGUUCAGCGCACUCUCCUGACGUCGCUUGCAUACCUCCGACAGCAUUCCUAAACCAAAUGGGAGUUUCCAGGAAGUGGCCAUAUUGGAAGCACAACCAAGCUCGUUCCCCUGUGUCAGUUUACGGAGAGAGUGAGACGAGGGCAGUUAGUUCCCUUUUGCCUAGCUCGGCAUUAAAACAUAUACAUUCCGCACCAUGGCUGCUACGGAUGUAGACAUAUUUUCCAAUGAAGAAAAGCGUAACCUCAGUUUGGGCGGCCAUGUUGGUUUUGACAGCCUUCCCGAUCAGCUGGUCAGUAAAUCGGUGACACAGGGUUUCUGCUUCAACAUCCUCUGUGUAGGGGAAACGGGUAUUGGCAAGUCGACAUUAAUGAAUACACUUUUUAACACAAUGUUUGAGAACGAGGAGGCCAGCCACUACCAGAAUGGCGUGUGUAUGCGGCCCAGAACAUACGAUCUCCAGGAGAGCAACGUCCACCUAAAGCUGACUAUUGUGGACACUGUGGGGUUCGGGGACCAGAUCAACAAAGAGGAGAGUUAUAAACCGAUAGUGGACUAUAUCGACACACAGUUUGAAAACUACCUUCAGGAAGAGCUGAAAAUCAAGCGCUCCCUCUUCAACUACCACGACGGGAGGAUCCACAUCUGUCUGUACUUCAUCGCUCCCACUGGGCAUUCACUGAAGUCCUUGGAUUUAGUUACCAUGAAGAAACUGGACAGCAAGGUGAAUAUAAUCCCCAUCAUCGCUAAGGCUGACACAAUCUCCAAGAGCGAGCUCCAUAAAUUCAAGAUCAAGAUCAUGAGCGAGCUGGUGAGCAACGGAGUGCAGAUCUACCAGUUCCCCACAGACGAUGAUGCAGUCACCGAGAUCAACUCCUCCAUGAAUGCUCACCUCCCCUUCGCUGUGGUGGGGAGCAUCGAGGAGGUCAAAGUGGGGAACAAAACGGUGCGGGCCAGGCAGUAUCCCUGGGGAGUAGUGCAAGUGGAGAACGAGAGCCACUGUGACUUUGUGAAGCUGCGUGAGAUGCUGAUCAGGGUAAACAUGGAGGAUCUGAGGGAGCAGACUCACGCCCGCCACUAUGAGCUCUACCGCCGCUGCAAACUGGAGGAGAUGGGAUUCAAAGAUACAGACCCUGACUGUCAGCCGUUCAGCCUCCAGGAGACCUACGAAGCCAAGAGGAAAGAGUUCAUGGGAGACCUGCAGAAGAAGGAGGAGGAGAUGAGACAGAUGUUUGUCAACAAAGUGAAGGAGACUGAGGCAGAGCUGAAAGAGAAGGAGAGAGAGUUGCACAACAAAUUUGAGCAGCUGAAGCAUAUGCACCAGGAGGAGAAGAGGAAGGUGGAGGAGAAGAGGCGGGAACUGGAGGAGGAAAUGAACGCCUUCAACCGCAGGAAGGUGGCAGCUGAGACGUUGUCCUUAGCCCAGCCACUCAAGAAGGACAAGAAAAAUUAAUGUAUGGGCCCAGUAUGCCAAGCCGACCGUGGAUUUGUCUUCCAUCAUCAUAGUGACGUCAACGUUUGUUUUUUGACAUUCCUUCAUGACAUUGUGCACAUGGACCAAAGACCCUGAUGGGACAGGAGACCGAGAGAGCUAACUUGCUGACAGUGGCCAUUCCCUUCUUUAGGAUCAUUAAUGUUAUAAUUUGGAACAUGUUUUUUAUACAUUUUGUUAUUUUUCUAGUUUGAGACUUACUGAUGUGUUUUGCUCACCAUCACUGAUUUAUAACAGAAGGCACAACAAAUCAUGGACUUUCAACUUCACUGUUAUUUGGUACUAACUUGUGUUGUUACCUUGUUCUCCCAUAUUGUCAGUUAAUGUAAUGUUAUUGGAUAAGCAUUUACUGGUAGUGUAGGUGGACUCGACUCCUCACCAGCCAAACACCAUUGUCUUACAUCAGGUGGCGUCACUCCUACGUGACAUUCAACCGACAGUGUAGACAUUUCGUUACGCUAUCUGACAUAAGACAAUGGCCGUACACCUCAUAGAGUGGGGUCUGAAUUCUGAGCCAAACUAGGCCAUACCUUAAUCAUGCAUAGCAAUAACGUAACUAAGUACAGUACCUGUAUAUUUAUAUUUUUGCAAACCGUUAUAUGUAGGUACCAUCAAGUAUACUAGUACUAAAUAUUAAAAAAUAUGAAAUCAAUUCUGGUGCUGUUUUAUGUUAAUCCAGAAACCUGUAUGUGAAUAUUUUCAGAGCUUACUUGGCUUUAUUCAAAUGCAGAUAUGCAAAAUGUAUAUGAUAAAGCACAGAAUACUGUAUGUUGUCUAAUUGUGAUGUACCGUAAGCCAUUGACGUGAGUAUGUGAGUGGUGUCCGUCUACACGGCCCAUAUACAAUGCAGCAACUAAUAGAGGCCUGGACUCACAAUAGAAAUGUUUACGUCGAAAGACUAGAAGUACUCGUUCUCAUUGAAAAUAAAUGCAACCAUCGCAUUGGA